UUUUUAUUCCUUCCAAUGUAUUCUUAUAUCUACACAAAAUCAGUUAAAGUUUUUUUUUUUAGAAUCCUGUACUUUACUGUACCAGCAUUGUUUCUAUCAUUUUUCAUUGCACAUGUCUAUACUAUAAUAGAGUUAUUAUGGACGUUCAGUAUUGUUUUGGAAUCAGUAGCAAUUGUACCACAAUUGCUUAUGUUGUCAAGAACUAGCAAAGACAAAUCUAUUAUUUCACACUAUUUAUUUGCUCUGGGCUCUUACAAAGCAUUGUAUAUACUUAAUUGGAUUUACUGUUAUAAUGAAAGCAAUUUCUACGACCCAAUUGUAGUUUUUGCUGGAAUUGUAGAAACCAUCAUCACAUUUUGUGGUUACUUUUCAAUCUUCAUCGAACCUAAAGCUAAAAGUGGACCAAUCCGAGUAGUUGUAACAGAUGCUGCUGGUCAACUUGCCUACUCUUUGAUAUUCAAGAUUGCUAAUGGUGAAGUAUUUGGAACUCAACAACAAGUAAUUUUACAUCUUAUAGACGAACCUUCUGCAAUGGAAGUUCUUGAAGGUGUAUGCAUGGAAAUAGAUGAUCUAGCUUUACCUUUAGUCCAAGGUUAUGUGAAAACAACCAAAUUAGAAGUAGCAUUUAAAAAUGUCGAUGCUGCUUUUUUGUUGGGUACAAUGCCAAAUAAUGAAAGUAAAGAAAAAAAAGACUUUCUGUCAUCUAAUGUAAAUACAUUCAAAUUAUUAGGUGAAGCUUUAGACAAAUUUGCAAGUAAAGAUGUUAAAGUUUUGGUGGUUGGAAAUCCAGCCAACACUAAUGCUUUAAUAUGCUCUUUAAAUGCUCCUUCCAUACCCAAGGAGAACUUUACUGCUAUGACUAGACUUGAUCAAAACCGAGCCCAAUCUGCUAUUGCUAUAUAUCUUGGACUAUGUGUAAGCAAUAUAAAAAAUGUUACAAUUUGGGGUAAUCAAUCAUCAACUCAAUUCCCAGAUGUAUUCAAUGCAUCAGUACAAUCAUGUGAUAGCUCAACAAGUGUAUAUGAUGUCAUCAAGGAUACACAAUGGCUUGAAGAUGACUUUAUGAAGGUAAACAAUCCUAUUGAAUUUGGGUAAUGUGUAUUAAUUAUU